UCGUUCAGUACGGUUUUGUUCGUGCUCGCGUCGUCGUGUGCUUUGUGGAAAGUGUGGAAGGUGUGCGAAAAAAGAACAGCCCGCUUUAUCAGUGAUCGAUUCGCGCGCGCGUAAAUACAGCCAGAAUAUAAAAAAUAAAUAUAAAUAAAAUUGCGUGGGAGUUUUGUACGGAAUUAUAAGCUUAAAAGUGAUAACAAAAAAAAAUAAAACAGGAAAACGCGAGAGCGCAUCCGUCACAUAACCGUAACUGUAACAGCCUCUAGUGCAGAGGGGGAGCACAACUAAUCCCCAAACUAAAAAUAAAUCGCAAAGAGAUAAAACAAAAAGUUCAUUCUAAAGCUGUUUUUUUUCGUAUCUGUCUACUGGCGGAUAUUUUUACACACAGAAAUCUCACGUGUCCCCAACCGACGACGGAUACAAAUCGGUUUACGCGGGUAGGAGAAUAGCUCAGUGCACGUGACCAACAAUUAAUGAAUGAGACACACCGAAAGAAAGCAAAGAGAAAAAGGGUGCAAUAGUCUAAAGAGAUAGCGAGAUAGUGCGUUUGAGAGAGAGAGUGAGAGGGGGCAAUAAGUGAUAAUUUUGUGAGAAAAGAAAGAAAUCCCGAACAUAUGCAAAUUUGAGAGCACCAAAAAAGUGAAACGCAAAAUAAUCAAGUUUAAAAGCCAAAAGUCAUACGACAAAAGUAAAAAAGAAAAAACGAAGAUACAUAUUCCAAAACCGGGACCCAAAAAACAAUAUUUUGAAAGUUCAAAGCUACAAAACACACACAAAUGUUGAUUGUCCGAAUAGUAUAUGAUUCUUAUUAGAUCCAUAAAAAGUCAAACAGCAAACUAAUUAAAAGAAAUCAAUUUUAAUAAUAAAUAAAACCGCAACAAAAAAAUUGCAGAGUGGAAAAAUUUAAUUAUAUUUAAAUUGGUAUUAAAGUGCAAUCAGUCGGGAAUAUAAAGGGGAGUACAAAAGAGGCCACUUGCAACCCACGAAAGAGACACAACCGCCUGGAAAGUGCAAAAGAGAUAGAAAGCUUGAAAAGUGCGACAGAGAGAUAGAGAGAGAGAAGAGCAGCGGUGGCGGCAGCAGCAGCAGCAGCAGCAGCGGUGGUUUGACAAUAUGUUGAGCCCCCAUAAUGAAGGAAAUUGAUACGGAGACAACAGUAGUAUGGCCAGCCUGGUGUUAUUCCGGUAACGCACCCACCGACAUACUGCAGCAGAAGCCAGCCAAGGCCACAACAGCGAUUGUGGGUGGUCGCAGUGCAACGCAACCGGCGACCCACGACGAGCAUCAUUUUGGCUCCUCGGCGGCGGCCACCACCAGCGCCACCACCUCCACCUCCAGCUCCAGCACCAGCUGCAACAAGCGGAAACAUCUGGAGCGUCUGGCCAGCGAUUUGCGCUCCCAGCUACUCUCCGAACCGUUCUCCUCCAUCCCCUCAGCAGCGAAAAUGCUCAGCGAACGAUCGCUGCUAUUGAGCGGUUAUGGGGCGGCCAUCGAGAGCACCGCCAAGAAGCUGAGCGAAGCAGCCACCGGGGGUGGCAACACGGUUGGUGGUGGCAGCUCCAAUCAGGCCCAAACACCCAGCCACAGCACUGCCACAGCCACCUCCUCAGCAUCGUCGACGUCCUCCAGUCCGGCGGCGACCACAGCAGCAGCAGCUGCGGCGGCCUAUGCCGCCCUCUAUCUGGAGAAGGUCAAGAACGAGAAGCUGUCGCCCCUGUCGCAUAUGGAUGGCCACAAGGAUGGUGGCAUCCACAUGGAUGCCACGCCCAUGGUAACCAUUCACAAUAACAACAACAACAACACCAUCAACAACAACAACAGUAGCAACAGCAUGAACUGUGGCAGCAUCAGCGGAACCGGAAGCGGAAGCGGAAGCAGCAGCCUGGGCAACCAUCAAUCGAGUCAGCAGCAGAAUCAGCAGCAGCAGCACCUGAGCCACGGCGUGAAGAGAGAGCGCCUCAGUCCCGGCAGCAAUAGCAGCCACAAUGGCGACAUAACCGUCGGAGCAUUUGCCAGAUCUCGCAGCGCCACGCCCUCAUCAUCAUCGUUUCGCGGUGGCGGUGGCAACGGUGGUGUCUCACCCAACCAGCAGCAGCAGCAACAGCAACAACAACAGCAACAAAGAUUGAGUCCACCGAGUGCUCAAGCCACGACACACAUGCCGCUUCACAAUUUGUCUACAAAUUUGUUGAAUACCAUUCAACAGCAUCAGCAGCAUCGCAACAACAACAUCAGCAGUGGCAGUGGCAGUGGCAACAUCAACAACAACAACAACAGCAGCAGCGGCACAAGCAACAGCAACAAUGUGAACCAAGGUAGUGGUGCAGGCAGUUCGGGCAGCAAUGCCCCAGCGAGCUCCAAUACAAAUGCCACGGAUUUCUCCACCCGCAACUAUUCGGACAUUAUGCGAUGUCUGGCGGCCAAAUACAAUAACACCAAUCCCAAUGACAGCCAUGCAACGCGACGCAAUUCCUAUUACGAGAGCAGCAGCAGCACAGGCAACUCGGCAGCGGCAGCAGCAACCACUGCCACACAGCAGAACAGCAGCAGUGGCAGCAACAGCAGCUCCGCCACAAAGUCGGGCAAUGCCAAUAGCAGCAGCAGCGGCAACAGCAACAGCAACAACAACAACAGCAGCAGCAACUGCACCACCAAUGCCAGCAAUGCGGCCAAGAAGCUCUCGCCCUCGGCGGCUGCUGCGUCGGCGGCUGCUGUCAGUCUGCCCAAGGAGACCAAAGUGAGUGUGGCCGAAGGAAGAGGCGGUGGGGGCGGAGGAGCAGGAGCCGGAAACUCUGGAGCAGGCGUGGGCUCUGUGGCCAGUGUUGGUACGUUGCCACCGCCAGCCGCUGCACAGUCGCCCACGGAGCAGGCCAAGAGCCAAAUGGCCGCUGUGGUGGCAGCGGCCAGUGUUUCGCCGUUCAUGUCCAGCUUUUUGCCCUUCUCGUCGGGCAUUUUUCCGCCACUGAUAGACAUGAGCAGCACCCAGGCUCUGAUGACGCUGGUGCGUGCUGUCAAAGAUGCCCAAAUCCAGGAAAUUCUGCGCGGCAAGCCACAGCAUCCGCAGCACUCACAGCAUCCACGUUCCAGUUCCAAUGCCUCGUCGCCCAGUGCCAGUGCAGCGGGCACGCCACGUUCCACUCUGAAUGCAGCGCUCCAGCAGGCGGCUCAAUUUGUUACACCCGCUUUCAUCUACUCGGCCCAGCUGCAACAGCAGCAGCAGCAACAGCAGCAACAACAACAACAGCAGCAGCAGCAUCACGCUUCGCGGCAGUCUAGUCCACGUUCCACAACAGAGACUUCGACUUCGGUGGCGCCCGUCGGUGGUGGUAGUGGUGGUGGUGCUGCUGCUGGUGGCUCAUCGAUUGCGUCGGCGGCGCCAUUAGACUUGAGCUCCCAACCGCCAGCCGCAAAGCGCUUUAAGCCCGAGCCCGAGGGCCUGCUAGGGACGACGCGUCGUGCCAGCUCAACGGCCACCACGGCCACGACAGCGACAACAGCCUCAUCCACACCAUCCCCGCCACUUCUGGACCAGUCCGAGGAGCUCCAACCAGGCACCAGUAAUGCCCAUGCCAACGCCAACGCAGCAACUGGCACAGGCACAGGCCCAGGCACAGGAGCCUCUGGUGGUGGACCGCGUCAGUGUCAGGCGCAGAGCGAGGAGGUGAACUCCUGGUCCGUGGACGAUGUGUGCGGCUUUGUGGGUGGAAUUGAUAUAUGCGCCGAAUAUGUUCAGUCGUUCCGUGAUCAGUCGAUCGACGGCACCGGCCUGCCGCUCUUAACCGAAGAUCAUUUGGUUAACUCGCUGGGCAUGAAGCUGGGGCCGGCACUCAAGCUGCGCUCCAUAUUGGCGAGGAAAUUGGGCGGGCCGUGUCCGUGUGUUGCAUGCGUUGCGCAGGCGCAACAAAUGUUGGCCUUGCAAACGGGUGGAACACCGCCAGCAGGGGCGGGCGCAACAGGCACAGCCACUGCCCCCCCAACUAGUUGCAGCAUCAUCAAAACGGAGAUCUUUAAUGGGAGCAGCAGCAGUAGCAGCAGCAACAGCAACAGCAGUAGCCACAGCAAUGCCACAUGUUGCAUGAACGAUGCCAGCUAGUUAUCUGGCAUCUAUCCCUAUAAAUAUUUAUGCUAACUAAUUGCAUUUCAACUGCAAACAUUGUUGUACCAAAUGAGCUUUCAAAAAAAAAUAACAAAAAGCAAAACAAAAAACAAAACAAAACAAAAAAUGGCGAAGAAAAAACCCUACUGUAUAACUGUAUAAAUUAAACGUGUAAUCUAAUUGCUAGUAGCUAAAGUUGUGAACUUUAAGUGACAACAACUGAAACAACAACGAUCGCAAAAGUCUUCCAUUUGCACACAUACACACACACACACACUGACAGACAGACAGACAGGCAGACAGGCAGACACAAAUCAUAUUUGUAUAGAGUUAAUCAAUUAAUUAGUCAAUUUAAUGAGAAGAGUUUUCGUUUACGUACUUAAGUGCAGAGCGCGCUUCUGCUUUGCAUUGAAUUUUAUUUAUUUUCUAUGACUUUUAUAUUUUAACUGCUAGUCAGUAAUGCAUAUACAAUUAAAUACGUAGAAUUUCGCGUAAUGAGAAACUUAAAAACUUAAAAAAGAAUUCAAUAUUAUUGUUUAGCACAAACGAAAGUAAAAGGCUAUUUAUUUUAAUUAUUUUAAUUGCAAUACGGCAUCAAUUGUUACACACCCCCCAAAUCUUUUACUUUCAAAUAACUUUAUAUAUUUUAUAUACAUUUUAUAUUUUCUGCGGCCAUGCACAGAGGAAUUCAAAAUUCAAACUUUAAGAACUGUACAUCAUUUUUUUAAGAGCUCCAAGACUUGAAGACACACACACUCACACACACACACACACACACACACACACACAACAACAACAACUACAACAAA